GCGCUGCACCAGGGUAUGGUCUAGUAGGGCUCUACAGAGACUGCAUUCAGCCCGGAGGGUGUCCCUGGGUCCCUCAGCCUCCUCUUAGCCUUGGGUGUGAUUCCCCCCACUGCCGGCCAUGGGCAAGCAGAACAGCAAGCUGCGGCCCGAGGUGCUGCAGGACCUGCGGGAGAACACUGAGUUCACAGACCACGAGCUGCAGGAAUGGUACAAGGGCUUCCUCAAGGACUGCCCCACCGGCCACCUGACCGUGGACGAGUUCAAGAAGAUCUAUGCCAACUUCUUCCCUUAUGGCGAUGCCUCCAAAUUUGCCGAGCAUGUCUUCCGCACCUUCGACACCAACGGGGAUGGCACCAUUGACUUCCGGGAGUUCAUCAUUGCGCUGAGUGUUACGUCGCGGGGCAAACUGGAACAGAAGCUCAAGUGGGCCUUCAGCAUGUACGACCUGGAUGGCAAUGGCUACAUCAGCCGUAGUGAGAUGCUGGAGAUCGUGCAGGCUAUCUACAAAAUGGUGUCAUCCGUGAUGAAGAUGCCUGAGGAUGAGUCCACCCCGGAAAAACGGACAGACAAGAUCUUCAGGCAGAUGGAUACGAACAAUGACGGCAAACUGUCGCUGGAAGAAUUCAUCAAAGGUGCCAAGAGCGACCCCUCCAUCGUCCGGCUGCUGCAGUGCGACCCCAGCAGCGCCAGCCAGUUCUGAUCAUGGGGAAACACGGGCUCGCCUUUCCGUCCAAGCUUAGCUCGCAGAAACCGCUGCCGCCUCUGUCAUCCCAGGACCCAGGCCAUGCUCCAUCCACCGGCCUGAGGCUGUGCCUACCCCUUAUCCUUCACCAUCCCCACACCGAACCCCCCUCCCUCCCAGGCGACUCCCCAGGAUGUUUGCCAACAGACUUCCUGGGGUCUCUCACUCCGGGCCACCUCUACACCCACAGGCAGCCCAGAGACACCCUCGGGGAUACCCAGGCAGUUUCUAAGAGCGCACCUUGGCCAGCUCGUUGAUUUGGUGACCGCAGGUGACUGUGGGCGAGGUGGGGACAGGAGCAGAGGGAGUGUCGCCGGACAAGCCCUUCCUGUGCAUGGCUCCACCCGGCUCGUCCUCCUCAGCAAAGCCUCCUGCAUGUGGUGUACUGUGGUCUCCUUCCUCUGAGUAUGUGAGUGACACAUCUGGUGAAGUGUCCGUGAUGGUGCCGUAUAGGUUUUGUGUGAAUCCUUGGUCGCCUUUGCAGCGUGGUCCCCGCGCAUGGCCCGCGUUGGCCGUGCCCCUGGUUAUUUUGUGGUAUUUAUGCAUUCUCGAGGCCCAUCUCCACAGGAAACGCAUGCACGCCCAGGGCCCCGGGCUCCAGACACCUGUAAGGGUUUAUUGUCGUCUGUCCAGUGGUCUGGCAUUUCCUGUAUUAAAUUGAUCCUAUAAAUCCAA